UUUUUGCCCGUUUUCACGUGUUUUCACCCCGUUUUUUCCGCAGGGGAGCGCAGCCAGGCGGAGCUGAAGGUCAUGGCCAUCGCUGACAUCAUCCAGCAGCUGCUGGACGCGCAGCGCCAGGGGAAGGACGUGGACGUGAACAGGCUGCGCAGCGCGGCGGCGGCGCGCCUGGGGCUGCGCUCGCAGCCGCGCCGGGUGGAGCUGCUGGCCGCGGUGCCGCCGGCGCAGCGGGACCUGCUGCUGCCCCUCCUCAGGGCCAAGCCCGUCCGGACGGCCAGCGGGGUGGCCGUGGUGGCCGUGAUGUGCAAACCCCACCGCUGCCCCCACAUCAACUUCACCGGCAACAUCUGCGUGUACUGCCCGGGGGGGCCGGACUCGGAUUUCGAAUAUUCCGCCCAGUCCUACACCGGCUACGAGCCCACGUCCAUGAGGGCGAUCCGCGCUCGCUACGAUCCCUUCCUGCAGACCCGGCAGCGCCUGGAGCAGGUACCU